CGUCCGUCGGACAGUGCAGUUGCGCGUGUAGGUGGCUCCGAUCGCGAUCAACCAGGAGCGAAUAUCGCGAUUCGAAUUAUUAAUAUACUCCAGUGAGUCCCGGAAGACGAAAGUGUGAGAGAGAAAGAAAAAGUUUAGUGCAAGUCCAACGGCCAGCAUGUCAACCAGCGAUCCGUGGAAUGGGCGGAAGGUGUCUGCCGAUAGGACCAAAGGAGCCCCCUGCUCGUGGAUCGCCGUGUUCGCCCUGCUCGGCGUGUUCAGUCUGACAGUGCUGCCGAACGUCGCUGGCCACCCAAGGACCGAUGCAUUCGAGGGACCAUCGAACAGUCCUCCCGUGGCGGCGUUUCAAACAGACCUCACGCCCCAGCAGCCCAACAAACAAACGCAAACGACGGCGACAGGUAGGGCCACGGUUCGCCGUGGCAUACGUCCGUACCGUGUCCACCACCAUCGGUCCGGGGUCGUAAGGAGCGGGCGCAACAUCGUCGGCUACACGCUCACAGAACCGUACUCUGCUGCUGCAGCAGGCACUCCUCGUCGACAGCAUCGUAGCAAAUCGAUCGAUCGAGGUUCACCAGGGAAGCCGCUUAUAUACGAGAACAUGCAGACCGGUACGAUCAUGCUGCCACCCGGGAGCCGAGCGUUUCUGGAACCGGAUCAGAACCGAACGUUACCGCUCAACACGCGCCAGGAAGCAGCAAUUCACCGAAACCGGUUAGCGACUGCUGCACGCAAGCGAGGUAGUGCACGCCCACAGCACCAGGGACACCUGCAACCGCAUCAUAACCACGGUGCGAAAGGGACCUCGGGCCACGGUAAACGCCACGGAACGCAGCAAAAGUUCACCGUGAUCGAUGGGCUCUGCAUCAAGUGUCCCCCGGAGCGGACGGCGAUCGCCCGGAAGGGUCUCGAUGGCGUGCUGAUCGAACCGCCGUUUCUAGUGACGUGUCGCGAUCGGCCCAUCUCGAAGGACCUGUACGAACUGGAGACUCUGUUCGGGCCCAAACUGAACUUUGUACUGCCACACUCAAACGGCGAGCCGUACAGCUUUCUGGCGAAGGUGAUCAGCAAGCACACCGGCAACACGGUGCAAACGUGCGAUCUGCGGUACAAGGUCAUCGUGAAGCAGUGCCGCCGCUACAAGCCGAAGAACCGCGACCUGAAGGUCAUCUGUAGCCUCGGUAACAUCUGGGGCUCCCGGUGUACGUUCCACUGCCGAAACGGUGGCUAUCUGAGCCGCCCGAACUCGUUCGUCGAGUGCAGCGAGGACGAAGUGUGGGAAGGCGACGAACCGUAUUGCACCUUCAACGACGUAUCGGAUGACUACGCAGCGGAUGCGAGCCAAGGGGAAACCUCUUCCGGAACCGAUUGCCAGCUGGACAUUCCGCCUGCUAAUGGGCGUUUUGCGUGCGAUCUGAAGGAAGCGGAAAGUGGCUCCGCCGAGCUGUCCAUCCCGAACGGGACAGCGUGUCAGGUGAAGUGCGAUGAAGGGCACGAGAUACCGGACCACCUCAAGCCGGCGGCCUUUUUCGGGUGUGUCGAAGGACAGUGGAACAACACGAUGCGACACUUUUGCUACAAAUCCUCUACAAUCGUUGCCGGAAGCGGUGGAAACAGUCAGCGCCGCAGAGGUUACGGUUAGAAUGUUCGAGAUAUCGUACCACUCAUCAAACCU